AUGGACCCUCCAGGGAUUCCCUCCUUCACCAAUACCUGGCAUAAUAAGCCUUACGCGGCCAUUUACCCCAAACGCCCAGAAGUGAGCGCCAAGGGCAAGACAGUGAUUAUUACGGGAGCAGGCGGUGGAAUUGGUCGUGCGACUGCAUAUGCCUUUGAAAUUGCCGGCGCUGCGAAAAUUGUGUUGAUCGGACGCACUGAGUCAACCCUCCGAGAGACACAGAGCGCUAUCGUAUGUCCGAGUGAAGUGUUCGUCGCCGAUGUUACUGAUGAAAAGGCCAUCGCCGCUGCCGCUGCCGCUACGGGACAAUGGGAUGUUUUGGUUUUGGCGGCAGGAUACCUGGCCAAACCUGGCACAAUCGCGAACUCACCCAUGGAGGAAUGGUGGAAGAGCUUUGAGACCAAUGUCAAGGGAAGCGUGAUUUGCACUCAGGCCUUCCUGAAGACCGUCAACCCUGAGCAUGCAACAAUCAUCGCCUUAUCGGCCGCUGUUGACUUUCCUGCUUCGCGGCUGACAGGUCUUUCCGCAUACAUCAGCUCUAAAUUGAGCCUGAUUAAGGUGAUGGAGUUCCUGGCAGCGGAGCAUCCCAAAGUUUCUGCCAUUGCUUUGCACCCAGGCAUGAUUGAUACCAGUAUUCUGCGAGCUACUGGAAUUGAUCCUGUGGAGCACAAACUACCUCUGGAUGCUGUUGAGCUGCCUGCCCAGUUUAUGGUCUGGCUGGCCAGCCCAGAAGCUGCUUUCUUGAACGGCCGCUGUGUCUGGGCGAACUGGGAUGUUGAUGAACUGAAGGAGCGUGAAGAGGAGAUUGUUUUCGGGAUUUCGUUGACCCCCACAAUCAACGGCUGGCCUUUCCCUAAGGGCUGUGGAGAUAAACGCAGGGGAGAGCCUGUCUAG